UCACCAAACCCGAAACCCGUUAAUCCAAGCCCUACUACACCUUUCCGUCACUCGAUUCAUUCUUGUUCUCUCUCCUUCGCUAGCUCGCUGCUUCAAGAGCAGUGCUUGGAACAUUGCUGGGAGCUGAAAUAUCGGACACGUUGGAAGGCUUCUCAAGGAGAAAGGGAAGAGCGCUUGUUUGCCAAGGAGAAAAACUUUAUCUGAGGCUGCUUAAACUGUUGCAUACCUUUUGUCAACAUGAAUAAUUCACCACUUUUGGAGAUUCUAUUUCGUGAGCCUGAAGGAUUCUCAAUUUGGAAUGGACCUCCAUUUAGUGAUGGUGAACCAAAUGUCAAACUUGCGAGAGUGCCCUGCACUGCUGCAAAAUACAGUGAAAAUGGAUCCAGGCUUAUGGUGAUCAAGAACUCCUCUACAGUUAGCAUUUAUGAUUGUCACAGUUUGACAGAAACCAAAUCCUUUGAGUUCCCAUCUCUUCUUGCUGCCACCAUUUCCCCACUUGGUACCUAUCUGCAAACAUUUCAGAAAUUCUCUUCGCCACAAGAAAAAAAUGUUGUGUUGUGGGAUAUACAGACUGGUUCUCCCGUUUAUCAACUAUCCCAAAAGAAUAUGUCUAAAACUACUUGGCCUUCAUUGCAAUUUAAUUCUGAUGAGUCUGUUGUCUGUCGAAUGGCAACAAAUGAGAUACAAUUCUUUGAUGCUAUUGAUUUUUCAAAGGGAGUGGUUUAUAGGUUGAGGAUACCUGGUGUGUUUGCGAUUGAACUUUCUAGGGUUCCUGGGUCUCAUAUUGCAGCAUUUGUUCCUGAAUCAAAGGGUAUUCCUGCUAGUGUUCAGAUUUUUUCUUGCAAUAAGGAUUCACAGUCUUCGCCUGUUGCCCGCCGGAGUUUUUUCAGAUGCUCAACUGUGCAAUUGCAUUGGAAUUAUGGGUCUAAUGGUCUCUUAAUUGUUGCCCAAUCUGAUGUGGAUAAAACCAACAAGAGUUACUACGGUGAAUCCAAGCUAAAUUACUUGACAACUGAUGGAAGCUAUGAAGGACUUGUGGAUCUACGAAAAGAAGGGCCUGUUCAUGAUGUGCAAUGGUCAUCAUCAGGAUUGGAGUUUGCUGUAGUCUAUGGAUUCAUGCCUGCAAAAGCAACAAUAUAUGACAGGCGAUGCAAACCUAUACUUGAGCUCGGUACUGGCCCGUACAACACAAUCAGAUGGAAUCCUAAAGGAAAAUUUCUAUGCUUAGCAGGUUUUGGUAACUUGCCUGGCGAUAUGGCAUUCUGGGAUUAUUCAGAAAAAAAAUUGCUUGGAACAACAAGGGCAGAAUGGUCUGUGACCAGUGAGUGGUCUCCUGAUGGGCGCUUUUUCAUGACUGCUACAACAGCACCAAGGCUACAAAUAGACAAUGGGAUAAAGAUUUUCCACCACAAUGGUUCGUUGUAUUUCAAGAAAAUGUUUGAUAAAUUGUACCAGGUGGAUUGGAAGCCUGAAGCACCUGAAAAGUUUGGUGAUAUCACUGAUCUUGCCAAGUCUGUCAGCAGUUUAAACAUCGAUGAAGGAAAAAAGCAAGGACAAGAUCCCAAAUUAUCACAACCCACCAACAAUAAUUCAACACCUCCUUCUCAAAAACCUGCUGCAUAUCGACCUCCUCAUGCUAAGAGUGCUGCUGCAGUUCAGGAACAGCUUUUUGGGGGGAGGGCAUCUACUGAAGAAUUGAGCAAGAAUGCACUGAGAAACAAGAAGCGCAGAGAGAAGCGGAAAGAGAAAGCUGCAGGAGGAUCGACUGCUUCCGAUGAAUAGGUGAUCUGAGAUUCGAUAUUUUUGCUUCCUGAUCCAAAGGAUUUGCAUGUGUGAAACUCAUUUUAAAGCAAAAUCAGCACUUGUGUUCAAGGGACUAUUAUCAUCCGUUUGAUUUGCUUUCCAACUCAUUUAUAUGUUAGAUCAGGCUAUUAUAGAAGUUCAUGUCAAAGUUAUGUAAAGUUAUGUAUUAAAUUUUAUUUUUCAAGUAUGAUCCCAAAGUUAAUACUGUA